AUGGCGACGGUGCGAACGGGCGCGUCGACGACGACGACGCGCGGGUGGACGCGCGGGCGCGGUGGUGGACAGCGCGCGCGCGCGGCGACGCUGGCGCGGGCGUCGAACACGACGAACGCGCGAUUCGCGUUGUUGUUCGACUGCGACGGGGUCAUCGUGGAGACGGAGGAGCUCCAUCGCAUGGCGUAUAACGGCGCGUUCGAGGCGUUUGGGUUGACGAUCGGUGAUGCGGCGUUGAAUUGGAGCGUGGAGUAUUACGAUGUGUUGCAGAAUACCGUGGGCGGGGGGAAGCCGAAGAUGAAGUGGCACUUUAAGGAGAACGGAUGGCCGAAUACGCCGAACGCGCCGGCGCCGGAGAGCGACGCGGAUCGAGACGCGCUCGUGGACGCGCUGCAGGAUAAGAAGACGGAGAUCUAUAAGAAGAUCGUCGAGGAGGUGGCGGUGGCGCGUCCGGGUAUUUUGGAAUUGAUGGACGAGGCGAUCGCGGACCCGUCGAUCGCGGUCGGGAUCUGCAGCGCCGCCACCAAGGCGGGUUUCGAAAAGGUCGUCAACUCCGUCGUGGGUCAGGAACGCCUCUCUAAGCUCGACGUCCUCAUGGCUGGCGACGACGUGACGAAGAAGAAACCCGAUCCUCUGAUUUAUAACCUCGCUCGGGACAAGGUCGGGCUCCCGGCGAGUAAGUGCCUCGUGAUCGAGGACUCCAUCGUCGGCUUGCGCGCCGCCGUCGGGGCGAACAUGCCGUGCCUCAUCACCCCGUGCGGCUCCAACCAAGACGCCGAUUUCAUGGGCGAGGGCGCUUCGUGCGUCGUCAGCGACGUCUCCGAGGUACGACUCGCGAUGUUAUUCCCCGAAAACGCCCAAGAACCGCAGUUCGACGGCGUCAAGGGCGUAUCAAACGUCCGCGCGUGA